GUAGAGUGGUCGUGCUUCUUUUUUGGGUCCUCCACAGACGCAUCUAGGAGAAAUAUCAGACCCCCACAGAAAUCGCCUGCUUGUUUGGUUCACUCAACGAGCUAACCAGUGAACGGUACACAUUACGUUAGCAUUUCUGAGCAAUUUGUGUGAACCUGUUUAAACGAUUUUUAAAUACCAACUACCAAUGAGCACUACGGUAUGUUUUCGGCUGUUCUUCGCCUAGGUGUUCAGCUACUAUUUUAGAAUCAAUCGAAAAGAAAGAGUAAUUACAGCUGAUUUUGAAAAUAAGAGAAAAAAAACGAGAGUUGAAAGUUUUAUUAAACUUUCAUUCCCCGGUGAAAUAGAUAGAUCAAUCCAGAUCAAACAUUCUUAAGUGCUAUACAUAUAUUUUAGUUUGAUUUCCGAGGUACUGUUGUGUUUCUUUGGUUUCUGAAAGCACCCAGAAUAUCUGAAUCCGUACAUGUGUGUAGUGAUUGUUUUUCUUCUGGGGGCUUUGUUAUGUGAGUGAAUGCUAUUCUUUCUACGAUAAUAAUAAACAUAACGCGAGCGCUAAAAGUGUAAGAUUUGAAGAAGAUACAGUUCGUGUGGUAUUUUUGUAAUUUAUCUUGAUAAAUCUUAAAUGAUCAAAAUAGCUGUUUGGGAACUGACAGGCUGAUUGUUUCAACACCGAUACACAGCGAAGAAGACACAGGAAAGUUUCGUCUGAGGCAGAAGCGAACACCGUGCGGCGCAAGAUUUAAGAGCUGAUAAUUUCCAUAUCAUUUGAAGGAUUCUGGCGAACGGGUGAUAACUAACAGCAGAUAAAUACAUAGCGCAAAAAAGGUUUUUAUGCAGAGCAAACAUAACAACACCUGAACAAGGUGUUUCUGUGAAAAGUUUGACCAACAUCUUCUACGCAUAAGUGCUACAGCGGGUCUCUUCGACGUGGGAUUAUAGAAGCUAACCGGACAGUACUUUUCCAACAUAUCAUUACGGAACUAUACUUCGGACGUUCUUGCUGAAACGUAACUAGAACCGGUGUCAGCCCCUGCUGCUGUCGCCCUUCACCACAUAUAAUGAUGAGUCGAUUUAUCGUAAUCAGCCUUAUCGUGUACUUGCUACACAACACGGUGGCUGCACCAGUAGAGCGGUCGCAGCUUCUUUCGUCCAUUCAGGAUAUCCAGCGGAAGUAUGCCUCACUUGAGAAUGAAGAAACUCUCUCCAAAGAAAAGAAUGGAAAUGAACUGGAAAACGUCAGCGACAGUAAACCAGAAGUGGAUGUAGACAAUAUAGAAAAUAUAGAAACGAUGCUAGAAGGCGUAGGAAAUGAGCCAACCAAAGAAUCGUUGAGAAAAGCGAAGCUACUACAACCAAAGUCUUCGGAAGAUCAAACAGCGCAGGGCACAAAACGGAAGAAUAAAAUGUUUGGUUACUUCGGGUACUAUCCGCAGCCCACAUAUCCACAACCCAUGGCGUUCCCAUCAUAUUAUCCUCUGGAAUACUACGACGAUUAUUCUUCGCUUGAGAGCUACCCGCACAUAAAUCCUCUAGCCAAUCUGCAAAAUUAUCAACAGAACUUCGCCGCACUGCAGAACAUGGCAGCAUUCCAGAACUUGAACAACCUUCCAAAUGUAGCAUCAACCAGCCUUCCAAACCUUGGUAAUUUGGACAAUAAUCAAGCUGCUCAGGACUAUCAGAACUUUGGCGGUUUCCCAUCUAGCGAUAAUCUUCAAAAUAUGGAUGACGAAGAAAUCUUAUCUCGUACCAAUCAGGGAGUUCGUCGGCGUCCCAACCAGAAAAACUCCCCAAUCUAUUAUAUUCGCCUGCCGCCAACUCCAUACAUGUUUGUUCCUGGAAUUGGUUAUAUCUCGCAGCCACCGACAAUUCAGCCUUUGGCGCCAACUAUGCCGCAGUACCCUCAGUUGGCACCUCCAGUUACCAUGAGCCCGUUUUACAAUCUGCCACUCAACUUCGUGUCUAACGGCAAGCCAUCCGGCAUCUACCAGUGGAGCGGAGCGCCUUCCCCGGCACCAAUGCCCCAGCCAGCUUAUGCUCUGCCAUACCCUGGAGCUCGACCACUGCCACAUCGCCCCGCCUUCAGGCCCAAUCCGUUUGUUCAAGACUCUAAAAUCACUCACCUUAAAGGACCAUUUAUAUUCAACGGAAGACCUGAAGAAAUAUUCCUGUUACAGAAUUCGAUCAAUCCGUUCUUUCAGGCCCCUAUUAAUCCCAUCAGUCCAUAUAAUGGAUACUACUAGAAAGACAUACGCGCCGGACUUGUAUUUAUAACUUUAAAUGACAACAACAUACUAAGCAGGCAGUGUAUGUGCGUUCUAUUUGCGGUAAAGUGCUAUCGUAUCGCUAACUCAACAGGCUUUAGAAAAACUAUUGGUCGUUUGGAGUGGGAAUUUAGCAUACCUAUGUUGGAUAUCUUUGGUUGAAGGUUUGACAAUGAUUUUUGCCAUAUGAAAAUGUUAGGUUGGUACUUAAAUCAAUCUUAAUUAAUUGAGGCGAUUCGAUCCCAACUUACUUGCCUGCAAGACGUAAAAAUGGAAACGAAUGUAUACGGCAAGUCAUUUUCAUAUAGAGUACAUUCCAAUAUGUAAGUGUAUUAAUGUGAUAACCGAUUUGUGACCUGUUAUGAUGUUCUGAUAGGUGAAGGAAAUCAAAUCGAAAACAGCAUAUCGGCCGGAUAAUUUUUCAAUGGAAUCUGAACGACCGGGUUUUUACGGCUCCGGGACGAGCUUUAUAGGGGGCAAAGCACAAAUCACCAAAUUUAAUGCAGACCGUGCCAAUCGAGUUAAUAUAUUCAACACACAUACAGGGGGCACACAGAAUUUCAACACCAUUAUAAUAAUAUUAAUGCGAUCUAAUGUAACUGUUUCAAUUGACUCACAUUACAGCUGAAUUGAAACAAACCCGUUAACACACCCCUAAAUACUGUGUGUGAAAUGAAUUUUCGACAACUCUAUAAUCAAGAAUAUACUUUUGGAUAUAACCGAUUGCGCCCAGUGCCAACAAAAACAGAUCAGCCAAAAUGUAUGCAAUCCCAAUUUUUUUAGUCGACUAGCACGAGAGUCUAACUUUCUCACAUCAGUUAUCUUUGUAGUUUCGCCAAAAGCGAAAAAGCACAUUGCCGUAAGCGGAACCACAAGCUCACAUUGUCUUGCUUCAAAGUGCCUCAUAUUAUAUUAAUUGUAAAGCUUGCUUCAUAAAUUUAUCGUAUGUGUUGUCUACCCUUAAAGAUCAUUCAAUGAUCGUCAUGCUUUCUUCCGAUCAACAUUUUUUGUCGAAUUAACUUGUGUUCAAAAGAAUUAACCGCUGCAAAGAUGUUGAACACGAAAUUGUAUGCAAUGAACUGCUCAUAAGCCCUACGCAACUUGAUGAAAUAUUUCUUGCAAACGGUUGCUGGGAUCGGGAAAAGCUUUUAUUUUGGAGAGCCUCUAGAGAAAUAUUUCAUUGACUUGUUUUCGUAACUUAAUUUAUAGUUUAACAACAGAAUGACAUUAGACAAUACUUUAACUUUAAUUUGUACACCGAAAUCGUUCCUUUCGAAUAGCUCAAUGACUGCUUGUUGAUCACAUUCGAUGAAACGAUUUUUUUGCUUAUUAUAGAAUAUGUUAAACAAUAAUAUGCCUAAUCGAGUUUAGUUUAUGGCACAAACUGGAUAAGUGAACGAGUAUGCAGCUAGCAAUUAGUAAUAUAGUAGAACAAAUUCGAUAUUUUUUAUAAUUGAAACAGUAAAUACUAGCAAUAAACGAUAGACAUUAAAAUGGAAGUGUGUUACGAGUUUGCUAUUUGCGCUUGUAAGUCAAAUUAAAUAACUGAGGAUAGAGCUCCAACAGAUUAUAAUUAUGUUUAUUAUUAUUAACAUUAUAUAAAUUAUUAUCGACUGUUUCGGAAAUGUUCAAAAUUGUUUUUGAAGCCUCUUA